AUGGAACUUGUGAAGGUGAUCAUCAUUAUAGCCAUAACCAUGGCUUUAUCCAUCACAGUGACUAUGAAGAGCAUUGGUGAAGUGGAGGAAAAACCACCAUUUCCAGACACCGAGAGUACUUCAUACAUUUAUCAUAAAGAGGAGCUUCCCUUUAAGGAAAAGAAACUAAUAUUUCCUUCCAAAAGACUAAGUCGCUUCCUUGCUGAGAAGAACCCAAAUGCAGCUGACCAUUGCCACAAAGACAAAGAAAUAUGCAACACUGUAGGAGGCAAAAACUCCACCUGUUGCAACAACAAGUGCAUAGACUUGUCCAUUGACAAGAACAACUGCGGUGCAUGCAAGAAGAAAUGCAAGUAUACCGAGACAUGUUGCGGAGGUAAAUGUGUGGAUGUGACUUACGAUAAGAGGCAUUGUGGGAAAUGUAACAAUCGAUGCAAAAAAGGAGAAUUCUGCGUAUAUGCACUGUGUAACUAUGCAUAA